GCACGCCCUUUUCCUAUUCCACCGUUAUAGUAUUACACCACGCCCUUUUCUUUUCUUCUUCUCUCUCCCAACUCAAGCUGAAGCCGAACGGUGGAUCCGAUCGAGCAGGAAGGUGGCCAUGUCCCUACGCACCAUCAGCGCGAUGCAUGCCUCGGCGGUCGUCAAGGUGGCCCGUGACAAGUUGGUGACCGCCCUGGGAGAUGCUGCGGUCACGAUGCCGGAGGAUCUGAGGCGCCACCUGGAGGAGUUGAAGGGGAAGAUGGAGACCAUGGUGCAGGUGCUGGGGGACGCGGAGAGGCGUUCCGUAGAGGAGGAGGAGGAAGAGGUGCGGGAGUGGCUGAUGCGUCUCGAGGACGCCGCCUACGGCAUCUGGGACAUGGUCGACGAGAUCCAAGCCAACAAUAAGGGGGCACCGGUGACAGCGGUGCGCUGCCCCUGCCUCCCAACUGCAACGGCACGAAAAGGGUGGACCACGGCCAGCACGAUGGAUAAGGCGAAGGAAAACAUCGAAGAAUUGUUAGAGCAACACCUUCAGAUUUUCGCAUUUAGGAGGGAUGAGCAAUCUGUUGAUGAUGCUCAUACAGGAACAGAAUGUUUUGUUGAUGAAGAAGAAUGCAUCGUGGGAAGGGAAGGAGAAAAACAGGAGAUAAUGGCUGACAUCUUAUCUGCAGCGAGGGACAGCAGCAGAGGGCUCUUCGUUCUGGCUAUCUGCGGUGUUGCAGGGCUAGGCAAGACAACUAUUGCAAAAAUGGUUUUCAGUGAUACCACCAUAAUCAGAGAUUACGCUCGGGCCUGGGUCUAUGUAGGACAGGAAUUUGACUUGAAGAAAAUAGGUAAUUGCAUCCUUUCUCAACUGUCCAAUAAAGGCGAGCAUCAGGACUCAAGUGAUGUGGAGUUGAUAAUGAAGCGCCUUGAUGUGUUACUUGGUGGUGGUAAAAAGGUACUCAUUGUUCUGGACGACCUAUGGGACAAGGUGUGCUCUGCCUUGGAUGGGUUAAAGCGUAUGCUGGGUGCAGGGAAGAAUGACAGUAAGGUGAUUGUCAUGGUAACCACGCGUACAAUAAGCUAUGGUUGGGAUUAUAUGUACGAAACUUCCCCCCUAAGUGUUACCGAGUCAAUGGAACUGAUAUAUCGGAAAUGUGGCUUUGCAUCUAGAACUGAGGAGGCUCGAAGGGAGCUUCAGGAGAUACUACACAAGAUUGCUAUCAAGUGCAUGGGUCUUCCUUCAGCAAUUCACGUAAUUGGGUACACGCUGCGGUCCAAGACUCGUGAAGAAAUCAUAUCGGUGCUCAACAGUAAUAUCUGGAAGGACACAUAUGGCAUCUGCUUUGUUUCAUUAUGUUUGCUGAGCUAUCAAUGCAUGCCACCGAAUCUUAGAUUAUGCUUUGCUUACUGUGCAAUCUUUCCACGAGGCCACAGUAUACUUAAAGACGACCUGGUUCACCACUGGACUGCUCUCCAGCUUAUCGAACCAUCGGAUAGGCUCUCUACCAGGCAGGUGGCUGACAAGUAUAUUGGGAUGCUUUUGGGCAUGUCAUUCCUUCAACAUUCAGUACUGCCGCCUUCGGACGAUAGCAGUGCAGUGUACUUCACAUUGAACUAUUUAAUAUAUGACAUUGCACGCUGGGCUUCAUGGGGAAAAUUGAUUAUUUUGGAUGGUGAAACCUGUUACCGACAUUUCAUGCAGAAAAACGGCUAUCGAUAUGCACGGCUCACCAAUUCUGACGUCAGUCAACAGAAUUUAUCUGGUAUAUUGUCAGCCCUUUUUCAUGGAUGUAGCAAUAAGCAGUUCAGUGAUGAUUCGUUCUCAUCUGCCAAAUACCUGUGUGUCUUGGAUUUAAGAGACUGCUGGCUACAGAAACUACCAGAUUCUAUUUGUCAGUUAAGGCAGCUUAGGUAUCUUAACUUGUCAGGAUCCUCUGAGCUUGUAAAUCUACCAGAUUCAUUUGGCAAUCUAUUAAAUUUAGGGCAUAUUGAUCUAUCAGGCUGCUCUCAGCUUUUAGAACUGCCAGCUUCAUUUUCCAAUCUCACAAAUGUCAUGCAUAUCGAUCUAUCAGGCUGCUCUGGACUCUCAGAACUGCCGGCUUCAUUUGGCAAUCUCACAAAUGCCAUGCAUAUUGAUCUAUCAGGCUGCUCAGGGCUCUUAGAACUGCCGGCUUCAUUUGGCAAUCUCACAAAUGCCAUGCAUAUUGAUCUAUCAGGCUGCUCGGGGCUUUUAGAACUGCCGGCUUCAUUUGGCAAUCUCACAAAUGCGGUGCACAUUGAUCUAUCAGGCUGCAUUGGGCUGAAAACCCUGCCGCCCGAAUCAUUUGGGGUUCUUAAAAAGUUGGAACAUCUUGAUCUAUCUUCUUGCUCUUGCCUUGAAGGGAUCCCUAGUGUUGUGGAUGGCCUUACCAAUCUCCAGCAUCUCAACUUGUCACACCCUUGCUGUUAUCUUUCUCAACACAGGUUCCAUCUGAAAGCACUAAAAUAUUUCUGGGUGGAGCUCAUCAACCUCCGAUAUUUGAACUUAUCCAUGUGCCUGAAUCCUAUAUUUUGCUAUCUUCCAGAAAAGGAGAGGAUUGAAUACAUUGAAAGUAUCAGUUGCCUACAUAAUCUGGAGCAUUUGGACCUCUCUCAUAACAUAUUUCUUUUUGAUAUACCUGAAAGUCUAGGUCUGCUCAGUCAACUACAAACACUGAAUCUGUCGGGCUGUUCUAGACUCAAGAAAAUAGAGAAAUGGAUGGGAGAAAGGAAUUGUCCAAAGAAGUCUCUAGUUGUGAGUAACUGCCUGGGUCUGGAAAGAUAUCAGUUUGUUGUUCACACUGAAAAAGGAGCAAAUAGAAGCAACCUUGCUCAGCUCAAGGAUGUGAGUUGCAAAGAGGUGGAGAUAAGCCGCCUUGAAAAGGUAAUAUCUACAGAGGAAGCACAGAACAUAGGAUUGACGGAGAAAAAAAAGCUCCAGAAGUUGGCACUUGUUUGGAGUGCAGGCCAUAACGAUGUAUCUUUGAAGGACGGAGCUUUGUUAGCAGAGCUAGUGCCACCGCAAAAUUUGCAGUACUUUGAGCUACAUGGUUAUAGCAGCGAGUACCUCCCUGCUUGGUUGACAUCUAGCAUAUUUUCGCAUCUCCCUAAUCUUGUGGAGGUUACCAUGGUGGACAUUCCGAGUUGCAGCAAUUUACCAUCAAUUGGUGUACUGCCCAACCUGCAAAGGCUGAUUCUUAGAAGGGUGGCUAAGGUCACAAGAAUCGACGCUGGCUACUUGAGUGGUGGCAGCAAAGCAGCAUUCCGUCGACUCAUGCAUGUUACCCUGGAUGGUAUGAUAAACCUGAAAGAGCUGGAUACCUACAGUAGUAGUGACAAUUUCGUGUUCCCCACCUUAGAUGAAUUGGUGAUAAACAAAUGUCCCAAGUUAAGGUUUGGAGAUUCCCCACCUAAGACCCGGAUGCUUGUGAUUUCAGAUUGCGACCAAUUGAUGAUGUAUCCAGAGAAGAGAGGGAAACAUGAUAUUAGUUCCACUUGCACCGCAUCUGCUCCAGUAACUGAAGUGGUGAUCGAAAGCUGCGAGGUGCCUCUGCAUAGCUUACAUAUCAGGAAUUGCAGUGAGAAGAUCAUCUCACCAGAGAUUAUGAAGGGCCACCUAUUGUCGCUCCAGUUACUGUCUUUCUCUCACUGUGCCAGCAUGACCAAUCUACCAGAACAUGUGGUUCAGGACACCUCUAUCAAGGAACUCGUCAUCCAUGAAUGUCAUGGCAUCAAAUCUUUGCCGCAGAGUAUAUGUGAGGAAAAGAAAAAGCGCUACCCUCUUCUGCGUAUUCGGGACUGUCCAGAGUUGAAGAAGUGGUAUGAGAAGAACAUAACGGAGUGCACUCACAUCCACUUCAUAUUUGAAUAAUCUGGCACUAGCGAGCCUGAGACAACCCGCUCACGGGAAACGUCAGAUCGAGCCGAUGUGAAAACUGCACAACCCGUGAGAGAUUAUACCAGUAUGUCAUGUAUAUGUGAUGACAGCUCCAGACGACGUGUAACAGCAUGCAGCAGGAGAGUGCUGGGGUGCAGUCUGUCGUGACUCCGGCCAGCCAAACUCUAAAUGGGUUAAUUCAGAUUGAGAGAGGGCACAACACACAAGAGAGUGAUUUGGCCCUCCAUGCCACAUGGCAUGUGGGGUCAGGGGCUCAGGGCCGCAUAUUAACGAGACUUGGACAGUCAAAUCCUGAAUAGCCCUUCUACUAACGUCAUGUCUUGAAAAUCUCCCAUCAAGAUUUUAAUCCCGUGAGAGUCUCCCAUCAAGAUUUUAAUCCCGUGAGAGUGAUGGUACGGUUUUGAUACUAUGUAAUGCUCGGGUUGAUUUCAUAUGAGGAGUGCAUCUGUAGUCCCUGAAUCCAGACACUCCUAGGAUUCUUAGGACAGAUUAAGCAAAGAGGUAAAACUCGAUUAUACCCCUCAUUAUUUUGGCAGCUGUGAGUUAUUCUAGGCCAUAAACGUCAGGUUUAAAUUUGAUUGCAUACAGUAUGCUUCUACCGGAGUAAUACUGAGUGGUUGAAGAAUGUCUUGUACACAUCGGAUGAUCC